UCAGCUCUAACACUUUACACUUUCUUCACUGAAAUAUUGAAAUUGGACGAAUAUUUAUUUUAACUAGAUAAAUACAUAUGCACAUAUGCAUUUAUGUAAGUACAUCGGUUGCAGAAUCGUAUUUUGGGUAACUAAUUAUUGGCUGCUUACAUAAAAAGUAGUUCCAUCACGGAUUUUCAUAUAAAUACCUUCAGUCUUGGUAAGAUACAUAUAUAUUAUAUACAUACAAGUAUAUAUUUAUACAAAGGCGUACAUACUACGUAUAAAAUACGCAGUUCCAGAUACAAAAUCCAGUUCCUCAUAGAAAUCUUGAGUCUGUUUACUAAUAUUCCAUUCCAACCAUGAACGUAUGUACAAGCUAUUAUACAUACUUACAUACAUAUGUACAUAUACAUGCCACUAAGGGUAAAUUUUAUUGAUCAACACAUACUUAAUUAUGUUGCAGAUAAUACUAUAGUUAAAACUAGUUAUCUAGCAAAAUAUACUUACAUACAGGUUGAACCGAUAACACGUGAACGCGGUCGAUCUUGAAUUGCUCCGAAACGGGUUGGAGUUUCGGUUCCAAAUUUUGAGCAUAACGACAUGUGAUUGUUGACAAGGGCGCUGAGCAAAAAAUUAGCUCUCUAGAUUCAAAAAUGACCCGACCAUUGACCUUAGAGUAAGAGGGUACCAUAAAAACACUUUCCAAACUUAAUUCUUCGUACACAUACAUAAUUAACCACUUCAAAACUCAAGGACAACGAGUUUCGAAAGGCCAGAUACAUAAGGUACUUAAAAAUGAAGGUCAAUAACGACAAGCUCGUACCAAAGGACAACCCUCAUGCCUCAAACACGAGUCCGAAAAGUGCUAAUUCGGCCCGUGCUUAAGAAAAUUGACCUAUUGACCUCUAAGGACAACCCACCACCCCAGAGAGCAGUGGCACGUCUAACUAGAGUGUCAGAGACUAGUUUGCGACGAGCAAUUAAUAUUUUGUGGAAGCAAAAACGAAGAAAAAUCCGAGUCCAUCAGCUGACUCGAGAAGCAUAAAAAAAUCGUCGUCUGACCUGCAAAAAAUUUUAUAUGAAUUACCUGACAAAAGAUAAAAGUGAUUUUUUAGUGUCGUUGGAUGAAGAAUUAUUUUCUUUAAAGAUACCAACGGUCAGAGAAAAAUUUACUAUACAACCAAAGAAGAAAAUAAUUCCAGAAGAUUGGCCAUCCCGCACACGGAAAAGUUUUGCAACAAGUUCAUGGUGGUUGGUGCAUUAUCUGGUCGUGGUCUCCUCCCACUUAUCAAAGUUCCAAAAAAAGUGAAGGUAACUGCGAAGUACUUCAUUGACUUUGUUUUAAAACCGCUUUUGGAGAUUCAUCUUCCAAAACUAUAUGGCUAGGACACAAAAAAAGUGAUAGUUCAUUACGACGCAGCGUCAUCGCACACCGCCCUUUUGACCCAGGAUUACGCCAAGGACUUAAAAGCUACACUCGGGAUAACAAUCAUCCAAAAUAGUGAAAUACCUAUUAAGUCACUCUAUGUAAGUCCCAAGAAUUUUUUCGGCUUUGGAUAUCUGAAAUAAAAUCUUUUCUCCGCCACCCAAAAACUUUUGACGGAGUUUGGAAAGUUUUGAGAGACGAGUGGUCUAAACUUGACCUCGCCAUGGUCAAAUCAGUGUACAAAAGUUGAAAUCGCCGAUACCGACUUGUAGCUCGAGAAAAGGGCUUUCACAUAAAAAAUGUUCGAGACCUCCACUCCAAGCCGUUCAACCAGUAAUUGAAGGUCAUCCGCGUUCACGUGUUAGCGGUUCAACCUCGGUAUGUAUGUUUUCUUUAAUGGGCUUGGGCUUACUACUACAUAUAAAGUUGGACAGUGAGUGACUCACCCGGUGCGAGGUCAAUAUUUUGCAUCCUCUUUCGAUGUACAAAAGAAAGAAUGAUAUCGAGAUUCUUGUUUAAAAAUCACUCUUAACCUUAUUAUUUUCUAUAGUUAAUAAGGAAAUACAUACCUGACAAUGGAACAGUACUUAAAUGAAACGGAUUUCAAUUACGAUUACGACGACGAUAAUGUAGACAGAUGUGAACCAGGCAUAUUUCUUCCGGCUGAUUCGUCCACUUAUAAUUCAGUCGUACGUGGUUUGGGAUACCUCUUUGCCAUGAUUUAUGUACUUGUCGGGAUUAACAUGGGCAACAGUCUGCUCAUUGGCUCAAUUAAUGUGAUCACUGCUCAACUACCAAACAGUGGUUUCAAAGCAGUCUGGAAAAGAUCGGGUCUAAAUUUUGCACUACUAGCAGUGGGGGGCUCGGUUGUGGAAAUUAUGAUUCCAUUUUUUGAAAUUUUCUCGAAAAAUUAUGGCGCAGGGGAUCUCGGUCCUGGUGUUAUACUAGGGACCGCUGCAUACAGACAUCUUAUCCUAACCUCUGUUUUGGUUUCCGCAAUACCAAACGGCAAAAUUCGGAAAAUUAAAAACACCAGUGUAUUUUUAGUCCAAUGCACAUGGUCAAUAUUUGCAUAUCUGUGGUUAAUACUUGUAUUAAAAUAUACCACGCCGGGUGUCAUUGAUUUAUGGGAAGGUGUCAUGACGUUUGUGUUCUUUCCGGUUAUCGUGAUAACCUCGGGUCUGGCUGGACAUUGUGGGAUGAGGAAGCCAGAUGAAACUUUCUCGAACCCUGAAAAUACGACCAACUUGGAGACUAGCAAAUGUUUUGAAAUUGAUGACAGACAAGCAGUUUCAGGUCGAAAUUUUCAAGAUACACAAGUGCAACACAUCCCUUGUCGAAUGACAAGUUCGCAGUAUUUGUCAUCUUGGAAGCUACAGUUCAUAAAUGCUUGCAAAGUAAAAGGAGUAGAUGAUAAUUCGAGUGGAACAUCUUGCUUAGAAUACUUAAAUCAUGGGUUCGUCUUCAUUUGGAAAAUAAUGCUGGCUUUUUUCGUGCCACCACAAGAUAUUAUGGGAGGAUACCCAACAUUUACAACUUCCAUUUUUAUAAUUGGAUUACUAACCGCUCUAAUUUUGGAUUUGGCCUCUCAUCUAGGAUGUUCAGUGGGACUACGUCAUUUUACCAUCGGGAUGAUCAUUAUAAUGGGGAGAAGAAUACCAGAAACCAUAGUCAACAGGACAUCAGCGAUCAAGGACCCACAUGCAGAUUCGACACUUGGACAAUUACACUGGAAUAAUGGUGUGACCAUAUUUUUCGGUCUAGGUAGUGCAUGGAUGACGGGGGCACUUUACCACGAGUUUUUCAGUUACGCAUCGUGUGAAUCCUGUUCAAAGUUUUACAUCGACCCAGGAAGCUUGACGUUUGAAACAGUAAUUUUGGCGUGCGUCUCAUUGAUGGCAAUAGUUCUGCUAUUCGUAAGAAGGUGCACCUUGGGUGGUGAACUUGGAGGUCAGACCUUUUCCAAAUAUACCACCAGCGUCGUUCUGGUAUUUAUGUGGCUCGUUUAUUUCUUCCUGGUAUCACUGGAGGCAUACGGGCUUGUGCCCGGCUUUUAAAUUAUGCACGUAUGCAGCUUACAAGUUAUACAUAUAUAAUUACUAUAUAAUAUGUAUAGCUAUUCAUUUAUACAUAUAUUUAUUAAUUAAAAUAUAUACUUACAUAUGUGUAUAUACAUAAAUACGACUUCCAGUUUCCAGUUAAUUAUUUUAGCAAGUAUGUAUGUACAUAUGUGUCUUGCUAGGCGUAACUCGGAUAUCCCCAAUAAUAAAUACACCUUAUCAGUUAAUUGUUUCAAUAAAUUGGUGUGUAUCGUUCCUAUGUA